AUUUUUAGAACAUUUGCACUCCAAUUGAUUUUGAUCAAAACUAUGUGUCUAUGUCAAUAAAUUGUUUCUUUUUCCAAUUUUCAGUUGUAAUUUUUUUUAAAGCAUUUUAGAUGAAUAAAAAUAAAAAAUAAAGGGAACCUCAUAUUUUUGAAAAGGCAAUUAUUUAAAAAUGAAAUAAAAUUAAUUAAUGAAUAUAUUACUGUUAUAGCGGUUGAGACAUAAAGGCGGGGAGCCUUUGUUAUUUGAACUGAAUUCAGCACCAGAAAAGCAAAAAUCACUCUCAUGGAGGAGAGAGAAAGCCCAAAUAUCACACACAUCACACGCACUGAAUGUGAAUAAUUUAAUCUGUAUGUUUUGAUUCAUCGCAUAAUUUUUGGAAUUAGGUUUGAAAAAAUCUAUGGUUACUUCACCCAUAAUGCGUUUGCGAUAUUGCCUCACCGAAUCAAACAAUUUGCUUCUUUUAGCUCUGCUUCAAAACCUCAAGGAAAGAAGUUCGGUGGAAUUUGACAGUUUCUAGGAUGUUAAGGAUGGGAAGAACGAGGCUAAAAAUUGAGUACAUUUGGUACUUGGUGUGUUUUUUGGCCAUACCAUGUGAUGCAGAUGAUAAAAAUGAGAUCAAUAUAUGGCCGAUGCCAGUUUCUGUGAGCUUUGGCUCUGGAAAUCUCCAUCUCAGCAAUGAUUUCGAGCUCAUAACCAAAGGAAGCAAGUUUGCUGAUGCUUCUGGGAUUCUCAAAGAGGCGUUCUUUAGAACAAUUGAUAUCGUCAGAUCAAGUCAUGUUGUUGAAUUAGAUACUUCCAAGAUCAAUCCUUCCUUCGUGCUCAAAGGAAUUCAUGUAAUUAUUUCAUCUCCUUCUGAUGAGUUGCAAUAUGGCAUUGAUGAGUCAUACAAGCUGAAUAUCCCUGCUCAUGGAAAACCAGUUUAUGCCUACAUUGAGGCUAAAACUGUUUAUGGAGCUUUGCAUGGGCUGCAGACGUUUAGCCAAAUCUGUAGCUAUAGCAUUUCAUCAAGAGGGAUUUUGGUCCAUCAAGUUCCAUGGAUUAUUGCUGAUCAGCCAAGGUUCUCGUAUCGAGGCCUUUUGAUCGAUACAGCCAGACAUUAUCAGCCCUUACAAAUGAUAAAGAAAAUUAUUGAUGCAAUGGCUUAUACUAAACUGAACGUGCUGCAUUGGCAUAUCGUGGAUAAACAAUCUUUUCCUCUUGAGAUUCCAUCAUAUCCAAAGUUGUGGGAUGGCUCUUUUACAAUUUUUGAACGCUACACAGUUGCUGAUGCUGCAGAGAUUGUGAGUUAUGCUAAGAAACGCGGGAUUAAUGUGUUGGCUGAAAUCGAUGUUCCUGGCCAUGCUGAAUCCUGGGGGGUUGGAUAUCCUUCUCUGCGGCCUUCAGAAAAUUGCACGGGGCCACUUGAUGUUAGUAAUGAUUUUACCUUCAAAUUAAUUGAUGGAAUUCUUUCGGAUUUUAGUAAGAUCUUCAAGUUUAAAUUUAUUCACCUCGGAGGCGAUGAAGUCGAUACUAGUUGCUGGAUCAUAACUCCUCAUGUGAAAAGUUGGUUACAAAAGCAAGGGAUUGAUGACUCAGAUGCUUAUCAGUAUUUCGUGUUGCGAGUGCAAAAACUGGCAUUGUCCCAUGGCUAUGAAAUAAUUAACUGGGAAGAAGCUUUCAAUGACUUUGGAAGUAAGUUGAACCCCCAAACCGUGGUACAUAAUUGGAUUGGGGGAGGUGUUGCUGAAAAGAUUGUUAAAACAGGACUGCGCUGUAUAGUGAGCAACCAAGACAAAUGGUACUUGGACCACUACAUUCGUUGGCAAGAUUUCUACUCCAACGAGCCACUCGAAAACAUCACAAACCACGAGUUGCACAGUCGUGUCCUUGGUGGCGAGGUGUGCAUGUGGGGCGAGCUAAUUGACGCCGGUGAUAUCGAACAGAUGGUGUGGCCCCGGGCUGCUGCAGCUGCUGAGAGGAUGUGGACAAGCUAUGACAAGCUUGCCAAGGAUCCAAGUGAUGUAAGGGGCCGAUUGUCGCAUUUUAGGUGUCUGCUGAAUCAAAGGGGCGUAGCUUCUAGUCCGUUGGAAGGAUUAGGCAAAACGAGACCGUAUGGGCCUGGUUCUUGUUACAUGAAAUGAUAUAGUAGCAGCAGUUGUGGAUUUUUCUUCAAAAGAUAAAUAAUCAUCUAAAUUACUGAUCUAGGCAUUGAAACUAUGUUACUUUGCUUAUAAUUUUGAUCCCUAUCAAUUUAACAAUGAAAAUAGAUUCAUAUUUGUACAA